AUGGGGCAGGCCCCAACGGCAGCCACGGCAAUGGGUCAGCAGCUUGUGUUUGCAUUGGACCAUCGACUGCAGCCGGCGCCGCAGCAAGGUGAGAGUCAGUCACCGCAGACUGUGGCAAAGCCAGCGGCAAGAAGAAAAAUGAUUAAAAACCAGAAGCUCGGAAAGAAAGCCACUUCCGCAAUUGCGGAUACUGCAUGUUCAGCUUCGCAGGAGGCAGGCACUGCAGUGGCAGAGUCCGGGCAGACGCAGAUUUCCAGAUGGCGAUUGCCAGAGGAUCCAACAUCCCGUGCCUCAGCUCCAUCUGCCUUCAUUGCGGCCUUGAACUUGGAACCCCUGCGUUCGAACACAGGACCAAGUCCAGGGCGCCAGCUUCCGCCACCGGCCCCAGCCUUUGCUCCGAAGGCACCACCCAAGACCACCCAGGGUCCACCUGCCAGCCCUCCGUCACCAACUCUUCCAACUCCACAGGCUCCAAAGAAAACCUUCAAGCUGAAGAACGCACCAAAACCAAAGACAGGAUCAAAGGGACACAAGGAGAACAACGAGAACCAGAACUUCGAGAAGCUGGUGGCAGAGGCCACUCUGGUCACCAAUAUCCUCGAUGAGAUCCCACGAGCGACCCAAGAGAACCAAGUGAAGGAGAAGCUGACUCCACCUGACAAGGUCUACGACAAGAAGCUGAUGUUGCGAGUUUGGAGGCUGCAGCGCAGCGAAGUCCAUCCUGCAGUGUUGGGCCUGGGUGUUGCUGAGCGCCCUUGGCGUCCAAAUCCACGGUCAGCCAACAACAGUGAAAUCAGAAGGCCUGAGAGGGAUUCACCCGUCCUGGAACAGUCAGAGAAGGCUUAUAGAAUCACAAAGCCGACUAGCCCAAUGGAGGCGUUGGACAGGAAUGUCUGUGCUUUGUUGAACAAGAUUUGCCCCGAGAACUUGGACACAAUUGUGGAAAAAUUGGCAAACAUUGAGUUGCAGAAGGCAGCAGAGCUUGAGUGUGUCAUCAAGGCCAUUUUCGGGAAAGCGUUGGUGGAGCCGCACUACUGUGAAACGUAUGCAGACAUGGUUUUCGCCUUGCAGAAACGCUACCCGGAAUUCCCUCCGGAAAAUGAAGGGGAAAGGCCUCUCACCUUCACCCGAGUUAUGCUCAACACCGUCCAGAAUGAGUUCGAAAGUUUGCCAACAACCUUUGAACCUACAGAUGAUGACAAAGCAAAGUUCCCCGACUCAGAAGACUUGCAGAGGGAGAUGAAGAAGAGGAAGGACAAGAUGCUUGCAAACAUGAAGUUCAUUGGGAACCUCUUUUUGCGCCAGUUGCUAUCGAUCAAGGUCAUUGGACAGGUGGUCAAGGGCCUGAUCGGCAUCAAGGAUGGAAAUGCACUUCCGAAAGAUCACAUGAUCGAAUGUGUUUGUGAGCUGCUGCAAGCAAUUGGCUCCACGGUGGACUCCGAAAAAACUCCACAGGGGAAGGCUUUGAUGGAUGCAUAUGCUGCGAGACUCAAAGAUAUCAAGGCUGCUUUCAGCAUGAGAAUCCAAGUGUCGAUCGAAAACUUGCUCCAGCUUCGCAAGAAUAGGUGGCAGAAGAAACUCUUCAAGGAGCAGGCCAAGACGAAGGCGGUUGUUCGAGAUGAGUUUGAUCAAGCUCAGAAAGCUCAACAGAAUGGGGGCAGAAAAGGGUCAGAUAGCGUGUUCUCCUUCCAGACGGCGGGAGCGAGGCCUUCGUACAUUGACGCCAUCGCAAAUCAGAAGGAACGCGCGAAGGCGGAUACAUGCCCAGAACAUGGUAAGUUUGAGAAAGUGAAGAAGAUGUGCGAGUACUUUGCAGAUGAUAAAGACGGGGAGUCUCUCCAGCAAGACUGGGCGAAAGCCGAGCCAAGCGACAAAGAAGCAAAGCAAGGAGUCGAGUGGCUUUUGGAGACGGGGUUUGAGGACAGCAAGAAGGCUGACAUUACGGCGGCAACGCUUGCCGAGCUCAUGAAAAGGAUGGAUGCCCCGAACUGUGACGUCAUGGUCCAUUGUUUGAUUGCGCGCUUGCUGAUGUUGGAGAAUUUCAACCAGGUUGUACUGAAGCCCAUGCAGACUUUUGUCUCCCACAAUGAGAACCGGGACCUGGGUUGGAGUUUGAUGCUUGGCAUUGUCAAGAAGUUGAAGCAUGAGAACGCUCAGGAUGUUGUGAGAAAGGCUCUCAACAUGAGUGAGUUCAUCUCCUGUGCUGCAACAGCGAGGAAGACAACUGUUCCAAAUGCCAGGAAGCAGUUGCAAUCAGCGUAG